AUGAAUUCAAUCAGAGCAUUAAAGCCCUUUGCCUUGCGAUUCACAGCUUCAACUCUCCCCGCACUUUCACGAUCCUACUCAGCCAAAUCCUCCUACAAAUUUAUUCAAACUACAGAACCAAGACCUGGCGUGGGACAAAUAACAUUAAAUAGACCUGAAGUAUAUAAUGCCCUGUCCGCAUCCCUCAUUACCGAACUCAAUGAUGCUCUCUUGACAUUCGAUAAAUCACCCGACAUAGCUGCCAUUGUACUUACCGGAUCUGAAAGAGUCUUUGCGGCCGGUGCAGAUAUUCAAGAAAUGGCACCUCUUACCUUCUCUGAAGCCUACACAACCUCUUUCAUAGAAUCCUGGUCGAGUCUUACAACAGUCAUCAAGAAGCCAAUAAUCGCAGCGGUAUCAGGGUAUGCCCUGGGAGGAGGCUGCGAAUUGGCUCUGAUGUGCGAUAUUUUAUAUUGCACUGAAAAUGCAACUUUCGGACAACCAGAAAUUAAACUCGGAACGAUACCAGGAGCUGGUGGAAGCCAAAGACUAACAAGGGCAAUUGGAAAAGCCAGAGCUAUGGAAAUUAUUCUGACUGGCGGGAGAUUUAGAGGCAAAGACGCAGGAGAAUGGGGAGUCGCUGCAAGGACAUUUGAUAACUGGGGAGAGUUGAUUAAGGCCGCGCUGGGUACCGCCGAGACGAUUGCUGGAUAUAGUAAAGUAGCAGUGCAGGCUGCGAAGGAGGUCGUCAACAAGAGCCAGGACUUACCACUCAGAGAUGGUGUGGAAUAUGAGAGAAGAGUUUUUCACAGCCUGUUUGGGAGUGAGGAUCAAAAGAUUGGCAUGAAGGCUUUUUUGGGGGAAAAGAAGGCCAACUGGACUCAUAAAUGA